UAACUGCCACUGGGUGUGGCGCAUCUGUACCUGACCAAUAGCACACACGUGGCUGGUUGGGUGACAGAGGAAGAGAAGAGAAAGAAGGAAAGAAAGGACAGAAAGAAGGGGAGGAGAGGGAGCUAAUUAGUCAUACAAAGAGGGAGGGACAGACAGAUGGAAACUGCCUGUAAACAAAUGAAGUGAAAACACCUGGUGUUUGGUAAAAGUUACCGAAGGCAGAAGAAUCGACUGAACCAGUCAGACAGAGCUCGGCGUUCUGAAAGCAGCUGUAUUUAAAAAAAUAAAAGCACAGCCAUGGAGAGGUAUGAAAAAGACACGGAGAGUUGAAGAAGAUCGAACAAAGGAAGCUCUCGGGUGACCCGUGAUCUGAGAGACACAGCUGCAAAAGAAAAAAUCCAGGAAACCAAACGAGCGCUCCUCUCAGGUCUGUGAACAUUAAUUAAGACGUUUCGGCGACCUCUGUUUCGGCAUCAUGGCCUCCACCGCGAUCCAGAUGCUGGCCAGCGUCCUGUGCCUGGUUGGUUGGGCGGGGACCAUCAUCUGCUGCAUUCUACCCAUGUGGAAGGUCACCGCCUUCGUGGGCACCAGCAUCGUGACCUCACAGAGAGUCAUGGAGGGCAUCUGGAUGACUUGCAUAACGCAAAGUACGGGACAAAUACAGUGCAAGCCUUACGAGUCCGUCCUCGCGCUGACCUCUGACCUUCAGGCAGCGAGGGCUCUCACUGUCCUUGCGAUUCUUACAGGCGCUGCAGGCUUCAUUCUGGCCUUUGUUGGGGGAAAGUGCACACGCUUUUUGGAUCAUGAAGAAGGCGGGAAAAAGGAAAAGGUGGCUAUUGCAGCAGGUGGGGUGCUGCUAGCCUCCGGGCUCUUCUGUCUGAUUCCCACGUCUUGGACAGCCGGGGUGAUAGUGAAGCGCUUUUAUAAUCCUUCUUUGGCUAAUCAGCCGCGGGAGCUGGGGGCCUGCCUUUACAUCGGCUGGGCUUCAUCCAUCUUGCUUUUCAUUGGAGGCUGUUUGUUAAUCAAUUCUGCAUGUUCGCUCAAAUCCCACAAAGCUGACAAGAGUCCCUCUGUUCACUACCUGGUGGCUCGCUCCAACGGGUCGACCCAUCCGGGUUCUGGGUACAUCAGGGUACCCUCAGCAUCCCAUCACCCUGCCAGUGUCAUGACGUCCAAACCUCAAAGCAACAGGGAGAAGAGUACAAGCCCUCCUCCUUACACAAAUUCUCCGUUUAAUCCUCUGCCUAAAGUAGAGAUGACGGAGGAGUCAGAGAGAUCGUGGGCGCCGCCAUCAGCUGAGCCUGAGAAAAGACCAGAGUCACCGAUAUCAGAACUGAGCGAGGCACUGACCACGAAAUCCCAGCUGAAGAAAAGAGAAAUGUUGGACAGUUCAUCAGUCAGUGGUGAAAAUGAAGACGCCACCAUAGAUGGAGCCAAAACUUAUCUGUGAUGUAGAAAAAGAUGAAUUCAAACACUUAAAUAUUUUAUUCUAAAAAGCUUUGUAUGACCUCCCUGUAACCUCUUAUUUAUGAAACCUGUUGGGAGUCAUUUUGUUUUAGAAAUUUUUGAAGGAAAAACGGAAAUGAAGGAAACCAUGUUUUUGUGCUCUUAAACUGACUAGGAAAGGUGCUUCCAACUUUAAAUUUUUACUGUAAAAAUCAUAUUUGCUUAGUUUUUUCUCCUGUGAGAUAACCAGAAAAAAUGUUUUAUCCCACCUUCCUUCAUUGUUUUUUUAUCAUUAAUUUUUAAAAACUCCUGUCAUGUAAUUCAUUCUUAAAGGAAGUCAAAAGGAA